AAUACUGUUCUGCACAUAACGCAUCAAGGAAGAUUAUCUUUUCAAGCAACGAUUUCAAGGUCACCGCCAUGUCGAUCUCAAACCAAGGUAUGAAAGUUAUGAACUUGAACUAAAAUCAUUUUAAAGAAAUGGAAGCCUAACACACGCAGUCGAACGCUAGUAUACUUUGUAAAAAGAUUUUACAAAGUCAAGCUACCAAACUCGGUAGUAGAACUAGUCGCUGUUCUUUCAAGCGUGUACUACGCCUGACAACAACGCGAAUAGUUUCGAUUGGUGAAUAACUAGCAGCUGGGUUGAACUCUGCCUGACAACAAACCUUCAUGUUUACCUAGAUUCCCGUUUGAACGCGCUUAUAAGACCCGGCGUGCUACAUUUUUAACCAAGGCCAAAGCUGUGGUAGGAGCGGGUCUUAGCAGAUUUGAAGCAGUCAGAAAGAACUCGCCUUUCGAGCCCAGCUUAUCGUUUUGUUAAAAGUGCAAAAAUAUCACAAAGAAAUUAUGUCGUUCGUUCGCCUAAAUCUCGUCAGAAAGGUGAUGCCGAUUGGAGCACGUCUUUUCUGCUCUAAACCUCCUUUGGAGUCUGUUCUUCAGCCUACUUCCAGGGGUACUAGCGCUGUGCAUUCCGCAACAGGUUCAAAGCUAACAGAAAUUAAGACAGAAAAUAUGAUAGUCACAGCAACAGAUGCAGAACCCGUCGCAGCAACUACUACCAUUAUUGAAGCAGUGAAACAUUCCGAAGAAGUUGCUGAAGUACGACCAUUGGUAAAUUCUUCCGCCGAUCCCGCCGUCGAUACAUUGACACCUGCUGAGGAAGUUGUUGAACCGGUAUUAGCUGCUCCUCCCGUAGUUGAAGCAGUUCAACCUGCUGAAGAAGUUACUGCUGCUCCUUCCAUCAUGGAAACAAUUAAACCUGUAGAGGAGGAAGCUAUUACUACUCCCGUCAGUGAAGCGACAAAAUCUGCUAUAGAUAUUGCUGAACCGGUCUCGGCUCCUCCUCCCGUCACUGAAGCAGCUGAACUUCUUGCCGAAGUACCUGAACCAAUUUUAGCCGCUCCUUCCUUCGUUGAAGCGGUCGUGACUGCGGAAGUAGCUGAACCAGUCUUAGCUUCUCCUUCCAUCAUUGAAGCAGUGAAACCUGCCGAGGAACCAACGAAAACUGUUGAAGAAAUCGUUGCUGAACCGCUCAUAUUAGCUGCUCCUCCCGUCGUUGAAUCAGUUCAAGUUGCUGCGGAAGUACCUGAACCAGUCUUAGCUACCACUCCCGUCGUUGAGUCACUGAAACCAAUAGAAGAAGUUAUUGAACCAGUCUUAGCUGCUCCUUCUAUCGUUGAGACACUGAAACCUGCUGAGGAAGUUGUCGAUUUAGAACCAGCCUUAGCUGCUCCUCCCGUUGUUGAAACAGCUAAAUCUGCUGGAGAAGUCACUGUUGCUCCUUCUAUCGUUGAAGCAGUCACAUCUUCUAAAGAAAUAGCUGAACCAGUUUUGGAUGCUCCUCCCAUCGUUGACGCAGUGAAUCCUGCUGAGGAAGUUGCCAAACCACUUGCAGCUGCUCCUUCCGUCAUUGAAACAGUGAAACCUGCCGAAGAAGAAGCUAAACCAGUCUUAGCUGAAGCUGACGUCAUCGAACCAGUAAAAAUUGUGGAAGAAGUUGUUGAACCAAUCGUAGAUGCUCCUCCCAUUGGUGAAGCGAUAAAAUCUACUGAAGAAAAUACUGAACCAGUGUUAGUUGCCACUCCCGCCGUUGAAUCAGCUAAAGUUGCCGCGGAAGUAGCUGAACCAGUCUUAUCUGAUGGUAAGAUCAUCGAACAAGUGAAACCUUCUGAAGGAGUUUCUGAACCGCUCAUAGCUGUUGCUCCCGCCGUUGAAGCAGCUGAAAUUGCUGUACCUGCUGAAGGAAUUACUGAACCAGUCUUAGCUGAUAGUGUCAUCGAACCAACGAAAACUGUUGAAGAAAUCGUUGCUGAACCUCUCAUAGCUGCUCCUCCCGUUGGUGAAACGAUAAAAUCUACAGAAGAAAUCACUCAACCAGUCUUGGCUAGUCCUCCCGUCGUUGAAGCAGUGAAAUCUGCCGAGGAAGUUACUGAACCAGUUUUAGCUGCUCCUCCCGUCGUUGAAGAACUGAAACCUACAGAAGAAGUAAUUGAACCCGUCUUAGCUGUUCCUUCUAUCGUUGAAGCAGCGAAACCUGCCGAGGAAGUUGCUGAACCAGUGUUAGUUGCCAUUCCCGUCGUCGAAUCAGUUGUUGCGGAAGAAGCUGAACCAGUCUUAUCGGACGGUGUGGUCAUCGAACAAAUGAAACCUGCUGAAGAAGUUCCUGAACCGCUCAUAGCUGUUCCUCCCGUCGUUGAAGCAGCUGAAGUUGCUGCAGAAGUAGCUGAACCAGUUUUAGCUGCUCCUUUCAUCGUUGAAGCAGUUAAACCUGCCGAGGAAGUUGCUGCUGCUCCUUCCGAAUCACUUGUAGUUGAUCCUUCCAUCAUUGAAGCCGUAGCUGCUCCUUCCGUCACCGAAACAGUGAAACCUGCAGAAGAAGAAGCUACAGCAGCUGCCGUCAUCGAACCAGUAAAAAUUGUGGAAGAAGUUGUUGAACCAAUCGUAGAUGCUCCUCCCAUUGGCGAAGUGAUGAAAUCUACUGAAGAAAUUGUUGAACCAGUCUUGGCUGCUCCUCCCAUCGUUGAAGCAGUUGAACUUGCUGCCGAAGUACCUGAACCAGUUUUAGCUACCCCUCCCGUCGCUGAGGCAAUGGAACCCACAGGAGAAGUUAUUAUUGAUCCAGCCUUAGCUGCUCCUUCUACCACUGAACCAGUGAAGCCUGCGGAGGAGGUUACCGCAGCUCCUUCCGUCGUUGAAGCGGUGAUAUCUAGUGAAGAAAUUGCUGAACCUGUCUCGGCUCCUCCUCCCGUCAUUGAAGCAGUUAAACUUGCUGCCGAAGUACCUGAACCAAUUUCGGCUGCUUCUUCCAUCACUGAAGCAGUGAAACCUGCCGAGAGUGUUGCGGCUGCUCCUUCUAUCGUUGAGACACUGAAACCUGCUGAAGAAGUUGUCGAACCAGUCUUGGCUGCCCCUCCCAUUGUUGAAACAGCUAAAUCUGCUGAAGAAGUUACCGAACCAGUGUUAGUUGCCACUCCCGCCGUUGAAGCACUGACACCUACAGAAAAAGAUACUGAACCCGUCUUAGCUAGUCCUCCCAUCGUUGAAGCACUGAAACCUACUGAGGAAGUUGCUGAACCAGUGCUAGUUGCCACUCCCGUCGAAGCCGUUAAAGUUGCUGCGGAAGUAACUGAACCAGUUUUAGCCGCUUCUUCCGUCGUUGAAGCAGUUGCAUCUGCUAAAGAAAUUGCUGAACCAGUCUUGGCUGUUCCUCCCAUCGUUGAAGCAGUUAUACAUGCUCCAGAAGUAGCUGAACCAGUUUUAGCUACUCCUCCCGUCGCUGUAGCACUUGAACCUACAGCAGAAGUUAUUGAACCAGUCUUAGCUGUUCCUUCUAUCGUUGAACUAGCGAAACCUGCCGAGGAAGUUGCCGCAGCUCCUUCCGUCGUUGAAGCGGUGACAUCUACUGAAGAAAUUGCUGAACCACUCGUAGCUGCUGCUCCCACCGUUGAAGCAGGGAAACCUGUUGAAGAAGUUGUGGAACCAGUUUUAGCUGCUGCUCCCGUCCUCGAAUCAUUGAAACCCGCAGACGAGGAAGUUACUGAACCAGUUGUAGUUGCCCCUUGCGAGGCUGAAAUGGUGAAACCUGCUAACGUUACUGCUUCUUCGCCUGUUGUUGUCGAAUCAGUGAAACUAGCGGAGAAAAUCGAAGAUCCUGUGGUUACAUCUUCAGCUACCGACGCCAAACCUAACACGGAGUCUACCGCUGGAAGCGACACAGACUCGGAUUCUGAUUCGGAUUCUGACUCUGACUCGGACUCUGACGUGGACUCGAAAUUAUCCAAAGAGUCUAAGACAGAGACAGCCGAAGGAAAUUUGGACAAACCCGUAAUUGAAGAUCCAGUGGUGGGUCCUGGGGCGUCAAAACAAGGACCGUAUAAAAAUCCUGAAUAUUUCACUUACAACGUCAUGUCGUUUUACGACAUUGAAAAAGUUAUGGAAUCGUUUAGACUUCCCCAGCCUUCAAACAAAGCUUAAGUAUGGAAAUAUUUUCGGACCAUAUUUAGAAUCAAUAUUCUUGUAUUUUUGUUUUUCCUAAUUUGGUUAAAAAUGUCAACCAAUGAAAUGGUUGUAGGUGAAUAAUUUCGGAUGUACCUGAACUAAGACCCAUAUAAACAAUAACUACUGUA